AUGAGACGAAAUCUCCUUAGUUUAAUCACCCGAACAGUUUUCAACCCAAAUUUCGUAUUCCAAAGAUACUCAUCCAAUGCAAAUCAAUUUGUUAACGUUAAAGUUAUCGAUCGCGACCAAAAGCCAAUCGACGCCAAAGCUAAAGUCGGUUCCAACAUGCUCGAUGUGAUUCUUGAUAAUAAGAUCGAUAUUGACGGAUUUGGUGCAUGCGAAGGCACACUCGCUUGUUCAACGUGCCAUGUGAUACUCGAUAGUGAAAACUACAAGACUUUGCCCGAACCUGUCGAAGAAGAAAAUGAUAUGUUAGACUUGGCUUUCGGCUUAACACCGACAUCUCGCCUCGCUUGUCAAAUCAUCGUGGAGCCACGUAUGAAAGAUUGGGUGUUCGUCGUACCUAAGGAUGUCAACGAUCAACGUUGA